UUUCCAGCUCACUGAACUGCAACAGCAUUACCUUCAGGAUAUAAAUAGAUCACACAGCCCGCCGAUCGACACACCUGCCCUGCGACGCCAGACAGUAUACACAGACCGACAUGCCGCUGACAUUUUCAACUGACAUCAGCCGAGAACCCAAAGAGUAUACAAAGAGUAUACAAAGAAGUUGGACAAUCCAAGAAGGUGGGAGAUGUGAGGAAAAGACAACACACGAAAACUAAGAACUCCUGGAAGCAGCUAAAGAACGAUAGUGAAGAUGAAGAGAUAAAGACAGACAAAAAGAAAGCAAAUAAAGUUAAAAACUCGUAGAAACAUCAAAGGAAACGGAGGCAGCGAAACUUUCAAGAAAAGAACGCAGACAGUGGAGGUCGUAUGAAGACAGGACCAGGUGUGGAGGGUGGUAUUCCCAAUUACCAAGAUGCCGCAGGUGAGAGUGAAUUAUCGUCGACUCAUCGCUUCCAUCAUCGUCUUGGUCAUCGUUUACUGUGGUGAAAAGGCUGUCUUACCUGGACCCCUUCUCCGAGUUGGACAUACCGUCUCUGUUUGUCCUGUCGAGGUCGUGGAAUGUGGGUCAGCACGUGACUGUCACCAUCAAGCGGACGAGCAACUCGCCGGAAGUAACAGUUACGAACGAUAAAGGAAAGAUCACGAACAUUGGUAGCCUGGGUGUGGACAUCCAUCCUGCCAGCAAAGUGCAUGAAUCUCAAAGCCUUACAGACAACAGUCUGCACUACAUGUGGAACUCCUCGCUAGAGCUCAGGGUCACGGCGAUGCCUGCUGAAUCCUGGGAAGCUGCUGAUGGUCGGGCGGCAACCGGAAGUGACGUAGCCUGCUACGAUGUCUUGUGGACGACGAACUCCUGUCAAACGCCACUCCGCGACUGUUACAGCUUGCGCCAUGGACACUGGUAUGGGGGGUUCGAGUACGAUCAGCAGUCCUGGCCCAUGAACGACAUCCAGCAGCCCUUGCAGCCAUACGUCACUUCCUAUUUCUCCUCCGGUGUCGUCAAUGGCUACGGCUCUGUCAUCGAGCGGCUGUUCGUGUCCUCCAACGGUUUUGGCCUUUUUGUGUAUCCUGAGGUGCCGCUCUUUUUAAGUUUCAAUGAAAAAGGAAGUCAAACGAUGUGCUUCGUUGCCAAGUGCCACGACUUUCCCUACUCCAGGAACCCGGAUAAUCCGCCAUUUCUGCGGUACGAGAUUUGUCAAGGGCCCGACAUCAAACUCACUCACCAGCACCUGGCAAGCAAGCAUCUGGCGAAACCAAGUGACAUUCCCAAUUUGCAGCUUUUUCGAGCACCGAUCUGGUCCACGUGGGCGAUGUUUAAGAAAAAUGUGGAUCAGACGAAGGUUCUGGACUAUGCGAGAGCGAUCCGGCAGAACGGAUUCCCGUAUUCCCAGCUGGAGAUCGACGAUAACUGGACCCCACGGUACGGAGACCUGGACUUCAACCGAACUCGGUUUCCAGACCCAAAGGGCAUGAUAACCCAGUUGUCGGACCUGGGGAUGAAGGUCACGGUGUGGGUUCACCCCUUCUUUGAUCUCGAUUCAAAAGCCGCAGCGGAAGGACACAGGAAGGGAUAUCUUGUUAAAGGUAAGAGCGGGGAUGCUCCAGCCGUGAGUCACUGGCGCCACCCCUGGGAGAGCGCGUAUCUGCUGGACGUCACCAACCCGGACGCCGUGACCUGGUACCUGGAGGCCACCCGCUUCCUCCAACAGGCCUACAAUGUGACUUCCUUCAAGUUUGACUACGGGGAGGCCACGUGGCUCACAGAGCAACACAGAACCAAGAAUCUUCUGGACUACCCUGAUCAGUACGCCAGGUACUAUGUGGACAUGGCACUCAGGGCCGAUCCCGUGCUGCGCGCGCAGGAGGUGCGGGUCGGCUUCCGGACCCAAGAUCUUCCGGUCAUGACGCGCAUGCUCGAUCGCCGUAGCAGCUGGGGCAGGAAGCUGGGUCUGCGGACACUCAUUCCAACGGCUCUGACAUUCGGGGUUAUCGGCUACCCGUUUGUCCAGGCGGACAUGAUAGGUGGCAACGACAAAUCCUUAAAGGACAACCCGGAACUUUUUAUUCGCUGGCUGCAGGCCAACACCUUUCUGCCAUUCCUGCAAUUCUCAACGGGUCCCUGGAUAUACGACCCUCAUGUCCUCCGGAUAUGUCGAAAGUUCGUUUAUCUUCACAUGAACUAUUCUGACGUCAUCAUUUCGCUGGCGCGAGAAUCCACGAGAACUGGAGCUCCUAUCGUCAGACCCUUGUGGUGGAUCGCGCCUACAGAUCACGUGACCUGGACAAUAGAUACGCAGUUUCUCUUGGGGGACAACCUUCUGGUGGCACCGGUCUUGGAAGAGGGAGCCCGCUCGCGCGACAUCUACCUUCCCACAGGAAGCUGGGCGGACAGGAUGCGCGGGGUCACUACAGGGGACCGCGAUGGCUCAGGGACACCCAGCUGCUCUUGAUGAACUGCCUUUCUUUGAGCGUCAGUGAGAGAUGUGGACUUGAUACACCCCUCAGAGCAUAAUAAGAUCACAUGAUUCACACAUUAAUUGUGGUUUCCGGUGAGAUUUUUUUGUAAUAAUGACAUAGAAAGAUUGUACGCCCGUAUCUUUCUGUCCACACAAAGCCUUCUGUCCGCCAGUCACGCUGUCUUAUUUUUAAAUCCAUGCGACUGAUUCGCUCAAUCAGUGAACUCAAUCCACAGCGAUUCAGUUUUCAUUUAAUUGCAGCUUAAUUAUCAUAUCAACUAACAUAAUGUCACGAGGUCAUAUUCACAACUGAACUAUAGUAAAAAAUAUUGUGUAAGGAA